GUGCUUAACAUUCUGGUCCCUUGGGCCGGCUACAGCCUCGAGCACUACUACCAGGUCGGCAAUGCCUUGGUUUUCUCCUCCGUGCUGACCUUCUCCGAGGUUAUCCUGUUUCCAAGUACCAACUCAUGGUGGGCCCUGGCUGGGGUUGUGCUGGUCGACACACUCGGCUCUCUGCUGCAGUUGCGCGUGCUGUACAAGUGCACAAUUGCAGACAUUCAGGCGGGGCAGGGUGUCAGCGCCGAAACGAAACGGGCAUUGUGGACACAGUGCGAGAUUGAUGUGGCUCGCUUCUGGCCCGUCGUGGUGGCACUGCCACCACUCCUUUGGCUCAUGGACGAGCGGAAUCCGAACCGACAGUACUACUAUCUCUUUGAAUGCACCACCUCGGACCACAUGAACAUCACUGUUGUCUGCAUCCUCGUGAAGUUGGGGUGGACGUGUGUUCUGACGGGUCUGGAUGUUUACGUGUGCACUCAAUGGGGGAUUGGUCCCCACAGAGCCCAGCAGAUGCUGAAGAUGUACGACAAGCACUGGGUAAUGAUGGCGGCCACUUUUGCUUUGACCGGUGCCAUUUUCACAAGCUGUUGGCUUGUGAAGCACGACGGACUGCGACUUCUUGAAAUUCUCAGCGAAUGUUGA